CCCCCGCAGCAUCACCGCCACCGCCGCCGCCAUCGGGGCCGCCGGCAUCCCGCAGGCGGGUCUGGUCACCAUGGUGAUGGUGCUCGACGUGGUGGGGCUCCCGGCCGAGGACAUCACACUCAUCAUCGCCGUCGACUGGCUCUUGGACCGCUUCCGCACCCUGAUGAACGUGCUCGGCGACAGCAUCGGCGCCGGCCUGGUCUACGAGCUGAGCAAGAAGGAGCUGGAGAAGAUGGGCAACGUGAACGCCAACGGGGACCUGGAGCGUCCGUCCAGCGAGAUCGGGAUGGACGCCGUCGAGUCCAGCAAGAUGUGAGAGGGCGGGAGAGGGACGGUCCCGCCGACGCCCUGAGCUCGAGCUGCCGAGGGACGAGCGCGGCCAGCUCCUUCGACCGGUUCCUCUCUCGCUUCCACGCUACAGGCUCCUCCCGCAGGCUGUAGCACACCCUCCCGGGGAACCUGCGCAGGGCUGGAAAGGGUUAGAAGCCUCCCGAGACGAAACACUUGACGCAGGGUGGCGUUCCGAGGCGCUCGCUGGGCGCCUCACUCUCCCCCCUCCCUUAAAAGAAGGAUAAAUACACAAACGUUUACGUAAACAGGGAAAAGUAACUCUUGGUCAGGGUUUAACCUCUGGAAAAAAACAUCAGGUAUGUGUUGUUUUUUCGGUGAUCCAUAUUUCCUUAAGGUGGGCAGUCGAGGGCGCUAGAACCUUAGUCCUUCUACACGCUGAGGCGGUUGAGGUCCAUCGCGCGUCGCAGUGGAAUGCCGAUUCCAGCGUCUAAGACUUCCACGCUGUCUAAUUAUAAGAGCGAAAAUAUGUAUUAAAAAAAUGAUGUCUUGUAGAAUUACUGUGGUCUGUGAAGAUAAAACUUCCUUUCCUUCGAUGGUAUUAUCCUUCUCUUUGGUUUAUGUUUUCAAAAUAAUGUUGCCAGACUUUCUCUUCCUCUGGUGACUGUGAUUUCCUGAAGGGUUAUUGUAAAGCACUUUCUACACCACACUCACUGUCAUGUUUUGUAUCAGAUCUUGACUUCAACAACUUGGCUACCAUU